UCCCGUCGUCAACAGGUCUAGCUAGGUGACCAUCGCAAUGCACGAACACUGGUUGACAUUGACGGCAAAUGCGAGGACGUUAUUAUGAAGCUCCGUCGAAUACGGUUAGAAUCAACUGGAUGUUGCUCGACCGUCGAUCAGUGAACAUCAUUCGGAUGAGCUUUACAUACAAUGUAUGUAUAUAAGUUCAUGCAUGUUCUCCGGAGUCCGCAUCAAUCCAUCUUCCACGUCUCCCUUUUUUCGAAUCAAGCAUCCCGCCGUGAUCAAUCACGACUCCACCCUGUAAUCUCGAGUUUUUUUGUAUAACCCGUUUCAGUAUAUAAUGACCCAUAACUGCAUUGACUGGGAGGCCACACCACUACGUUUCCUAACGAUAUCGUAUGGAAACAAGAAGGUGGCAACGCAGAAGGGUCCAGCAUCUAAAGUUCGCGAAUUCAAAGCCCUCCAAUCAUUUGUGCACCGUAAAUUUUCUAUCAAAGACCGUCCACUCUCAUCCGUGCGCUUCCGAACGACCUGCAACCUUAGCUGUACGACAUUCGAGGACCACUCCGCCUUUGAGGUUGAUGAAGAAGCAUGGGAAGAAGAAGGCUUAAGGGACCUUGUCUGCUGUCUGGAGGUGUGGCUGUGCGACUCGGAGGAGGUUUUGCCUGGCCCGUCUUCUGGUGUCGAUGGAGAAUUGGGCGAGGAGGCAUUGAAGCCUGAAGAGGAAUCUGAAGAUACUCAGGUCCAUGAGCAAGUUCGAGUCUCUGGCGAACGGGAAGAUAUAGAGGGUGAAAGCAACGGUGAUGUAGCAGAGGACAAGGACAGUGUCGAGGAUGAGGCGGAGGUGGAGCAGGAAGAGGAAGAGCAGGAAGAGGAAAAACAGGAGGAGGAGGAGAAAGAGAGGGAAGAGGAAAGUGCUCUGCGGACUAGGCCAUCUGGUCGCCGACAACGGGUCGUUGUGUCUGAUGACGAAGAUAGUUUGAAGGAGUUUGAUCGUGACCUGGCAGCAGACUUGCAGCAGAAAAAUAAGGCUGCCGAAGUUGUCGAUGGCCCACAGCCAUCAGCACCAAUCGCUAAGAACCGAGCCGGUUCAACCAGUGCUAUUCAUGCACAAGACAUACAGCGUACCCCUGAAUCUAUAGAUAUAGAACGACCAGUCAAGAAGGAAAAGGAACCUCCUCUUGCGCAUCGCGUGCGGCAGUCCUCACCUGUUGAAAGCUCUCAUGAAGGCCGAGCCCCCUCCGGAGCAGCAUCAGGCCGACCUAUCAAACAAGAACCAAUUAUUGCAGCGCGAUCAGCGUCUCAGUCUCAAGCCACCCAUGCGACUCAGGACUGUACGUUGUUUGCGACUAUCAGGGAUAUCUUCGCCAUGAUUACUCACGAACAUACAUAGCCGAAUCAGCGCCUGAGCUCACACAGAACAAACUUGUCAUUAGCAUCCAACACAAACCCUCCGCACAGCAUGCACAGUUCAGCACGAAGCCCCAUACACGAGUGGGCAGGGUUCUCACCGGGGCAUGCAAGAGCUUCCGCUUGGAUGUGAACGUAGCACAGCUCUACUUGGUCGUGGUAACGCAAAAUGACCAGGGUUUGAAGGAGGAAGAUUAUUUCUUGUGUGAUCGAAACGAGACGGUGGAAACCGCUCUUGUGGGCGUGGAUGGGAGGGCAGAGUUUAUGAUUCGGAUGCCUGAAGAUCCUGUAGUGUAGGAUGGUAUAUUUUACUAG